CAUCGUGGGGCUUGUAGUCCUUUCCUUCGGAGCUACGCAUACAACCCUUCCCGACGCAGAACUUCAACUCCCACAAUGCUUCACGCAUCCCCACACAGCCGUCGCCGCGUUGCCCUCCGGGAGCUGUAGUCCCGGCUCGCCCUUCGGAUCCGGCCGUUGAAGGAGCCCGAGGGGCGCGGCGGGACUACGUUUCCCGUCGUUCCUCGGGCCUGCGCAAACAACGGAACAGGCGGCCGUGUGUGUAUAUGUGUGUGUGUGAGGCGGUCGCUGCUCUUCCCGCGGCCGGCCGGACUGCGGCACGGUUCGCUCGGCAGCCUCUUGGGGUUCUUUUCCUCACCCCCGACAGCCCAGGACGAGCCGUGGGGGGGCCGGCGCCAUGGGCGGGGAGGAGGAAAUCGUGCGCAUUGCCAAGCGGCUCGACAAGAUGGUCGCCAAGAAAAGCGCGGAAGGAGCAAUAGAUUUACUGAAAGAGCUGAAAAGUAUGCCAAUAACUCUGGAUUUACUGCAGUCUACCCGGAUUGGGAUGUCUGUGAAUGCGCUUCGGAAGCAAGCCACGGAUGAAGAAGUGAUCACACUGGCCAAAUCACUGAUCAAGGCCUGGAAGAAACUUCUAGAUGCCUCCGAGGAUAAAAGCGACGAGAGGAAGAAGAACUUGCCAGCUUCCUCAAAGGAGAGCGGCAACCCAAGAGACCAAAGCUCCACCAAAAGACAGGAUCCUCCGAAAACCCCCACUACUCCAAAAAUCACCACCUUUCCACCGAUGCCUGUCACAUGUGACACCGUGCGUACCAAGUGCCGAGAAAUGUUGACCUCUGCUCUACAGACGGACGGUGACUAUGUAGCUAUUGGCGCCGACUGUGAGCAGAUCUCAGCCCAGAUAGAAGAAUGUAUCUACCAAGAGGUCAAGAACACGGACUUGAAAUACAAGAACCGAAUCAGGAGCCGCCUGUCCAACCUGAAGGACUCCAAGAACCCCGACCUCCGCAAGAACGUCUUGUGCGGCGUGAUCACCCCGGAGCAAAUUGCCGUGAUGACCUCGGAGGAAAUGGCCAGCAAUGAGCUGAAGGAGAUCCGGAAAGCCAUGACCAAGGAGGCGAUCAGGGAGCAUCAGAUGGCCAAAACCGGAGGGACCCAAACGGAUCUCUUCACCUGCGGGAAGUGCAAGAAAAAGAACUGCACCUACACUCAGGUGCAGACCCGCAGUUCAGAUGAGCCCAUGACCACUUUUGUGGUGUGCAACGAGUGUGGGAAUCGCUGGAAGUUCUGCUGAGACCUCUCUGACUGGAGCACCCAUCAUCUGUCCUGGGCCGGGUCUCUGCCACACACCUCCCUGACCAGCACUCUCAGAACAAAUUUGUCAUGUUUCUCUGGCCCCGACUUUGCUUUGUCCUCUGUACAUUAGCCAGGUGAGGAAGGCGUCCGCGCUUCCGUGGAAAGGCGCGCCAACUGGAAGCCGGAGGUGCCAAGCAGUAUUGUGAGGAUUUGGAACUGUAUUAAACGUUUUGUUUGCUUGUUGUUGUUUUUUUUAAAAAAAUAUCGGCCAAGUGUCUCAUCUUGAAUCUCAAAAUGCUCCACUGCUUCUUGUGACUUUCCAUUUGUUCCAGUUGCCUCUUUUGGAAGCCAACAUGAACGUUUGUCGAACUCUUUAGCCGGGAUGGGGCAGGCUCCCGCUCUUGACACAGAGGGGACCCCGUUCUGUCUGCAGCUGCUCAAGCGGCUCUUUCUGCCGUUGUCACCGAAACGAUAUGUCCCCCGCGGCAAACAGAAGUACAUCUCUCCCCUGCCUAAGGAGGAGGCAAGGACCGAGCGGUCUCUGAUCUUCAUUGGUAGAAUUUCUUUUGGGGGCGAGAGUUGAGCCAGGUCAAAAGCUGGAGGGACCCGCUUUUGUUAGGUGCUUGGGCAGAGCGAGACACAGCCGCAAGGAGGUGGGAAUUCAUGAGGAUCCCCUCUUUUGCUAGACCCACCUGUCCCAGUGCUUGGGGUGCAAAGCAAGCUUUUAUUUUUGAGCACUCUUUCCCAGCUUUCUGGUUGAAUGUUGUGGAAGGCGGGCACUCGACCCUUCGCCUACGCUAUGCACUUCCGGCCACGCUCCCCAGUUGCAAUUCUCUGUCCUAGGCAAGAAUUCUAACCACUCGCCCUUUGAGAGAGGGGGCGGAGGAGGACUCUGUCGGACACCCCUCGCCUUCCCCACUUGGACCAGGCAGCCUUCCUGAUUUGUUAAGGGCUGGAAAUGCAGCCUGUGAUGAAAGUUAGGGCUCCAGCCCCCAUCUGGGCUGGUGCGUGUGUUUUGGGUGCGUGAAACGAAGGAAUGCAAACCCACCGUGGAGUGGAGCAAUUUGGCCAGCAGGCCAACCCACCAGGUCUCUGGCAUUUCUGGGGAAGGUGCAUUACCUACACGAGCGUUAUCUGAGGCUGGCAAAGGAGACAUCCUGGAGGAGAGAUGCGGACCACUAGCAAAGGAAGGCGUCAAGAGCUGUGCUUGAAUAUUCAAAGUCGGUGGAGGGAGAGCAAGAGAAGCAGUGGCUUAUCUUGGCUGGUAAGUGCCAAAGGCCAGGCGCUCAACCCUGUUAAAGAUAGCCUGUAAGAAAGAUGUAAGGCACCGUGCUUCCCCCAUAAAUAGAAAGAGUGCACUUUUGUGGAAGGGUGAGAGCACACAGCUCUUUGCAAAAAAAUUUAAAAAAUACACGCUGAUGCAAUUCGGAUUGCAGCUCUCACCCUUUGGCUGCAUCCAGCGAUCUAUGCCUGUUUUUUUGUUUUGUUAUGUGUACAGUUGCAAACGAACAAAAAUAAUAAAAUGCCUAAGCGAACAAG